UUCAGAUUCAGAAAGAAGAAUGUCUAGUACUGUCAUUCCCACAAACUCGUCGACGCUGAUCAUCCAGUUUCAGGCCCCAGAACAAAUGGCUCCAGCUGAAACGGGGACAACGGCUCCAGUGACUGUUUAUGUGCCACAGACAGCUUCAGCUCCUCAAGGACUUCAGGCUUUUCUGAAAGACCAACCAAAAGCACUCGGGACUGUCCAGAUAAUGAUCGGCCUGCUGAUUCUCCUGUUGGGAAUCGUGUCUACAAUCAAUGCAGAUUCCCUCUUUGUCUUCAGUGGUUUUCCUUAUUGGGGAUCUCUCAUCUACAUUAUCGCAGGAUCACUCUGCAUUGCUGCAGAAAAUAAACUCCAUGGCAAAGCCUCCUCCAGUUUGUGUUUGGUAUGCGCACAUUCAGGGGUCCAAGCACCGAACUUUAUUUAA